AUGAUGUCUUAUAUGAAGCCUCAUUACUCUGUGAACGGUUUGACUCUGUCCGGUACCGGGAUGGAUCUCCUGCACUCUGCUGUCGGUUACCCCAACACUCCACGCAAACAGCGGCGCGAGAGAACCACGUUCACGCGCGCGCAGCUCGACAUCCUCGAGUCGCUGUUCGCCAAGACGCGAUACCCGGAUAUCUUCAUGAGAGAAGAGGUCGCGCUCAAGAUCAACCUGCCCGAGUCCAGAGUUCAGGUGUGGUUUAAAAACCGGCGCGCUAAAUGCCGUCAACAACAACAGCAGCAGACGAGCGGCCAAAGCAAACCCAGACCGCCGAAGAAGAAGACGUCAUCACCCGCGAGAGAGGCCAGCGUCAGCGAGGCCAGCGUCAGCACCAACGGUCCCUACAGCCCGCCGGCCCCGGUCAUCGCGGCCAGCAGCACGAGCGCCACGGUGUCCAUCUGGAGCCCGGCGUCCAUCUCGCCGCUGUCGGACCCCCUGUGCGUGUCGAGCAACCCCUGCCUCCAGCGCUCGAACGCGUACCCCAUGACGUACGCACAGGCCCCGGCCUACAGCCAGGGUUACGCGGCCUCGUCCUCGUACUUCACCGGGCUGGACUGCAGCUCGUACCUGUCACCCAUGCACCCGCAGCUGUCCGCCACGGGGGGCGCGCUGAGUCCCAUCGGCGCGAGCUCGAUGGGCGGGCCGCUCAGUCAGUCUCCGGCGUCGCUGACGUCACAGGGCUACGCCGCCGCGUCUCUGGGCUUCAGCGCCGUCGACUGUUUGGACUACAAAGACCAGACAGCGACGUGGAAACUGAACUUCAACGCGGCCGAUUGUCUGGACUACAAGGAUCAAAACUCGUGGAAGUUCCAGGUCCUGUAG